AUGGAGCCCUCUACCCCAACUUCUGACCACUAUGCUUCUGGUGCAGAGAUCAAAUCUGAGAUGUCUUCCCCCACUCCCGCUCCUGUCGCCAAUGAUGAGAACGAGAGUGAGUACAGUUUUGACUUGACUCCUGUCCCAGACCCAGCCCUAUUCCCAUGUACCGAGGAUGAUCUUACCUUAUGCCACGCAACCACUGGAGAUCCCACUGGCUACCCUAUCUUUGUUUCCCGAAAUGGACGCUGGGACUGGUAUUAUCUUGCCUCUAACAACAAGACUAUAGAGUCUUCCGCAACCUCUGCCAAUGAUACGGCCAACGAAAAUGCCAAGAACAUAAAGAGUGAGUUGGCCAAUGAUCUCAGUCUUUCCCCGAACCAAUUUCCUUACACUGAGGACGACAUCACCCUGUCUCCCUGUCCUAAUCCCGGUACCAAUCCAGCCGACAACCCCACCUUCUCUUCUCAAAAUGGACGUUGGGAAUGGAUGUUUCUCCCCUCUAACAUGGACACAGAGUCCUCCCCUCCCAAGGUCAAGAUGGAGGACAUCCCGGAAACCAAUACACGGAUGCAGCGACCGAGCAACCCCGUCUCCGCCGCAUUCUCCACCGCCAACCUGGACCGCUUCGGCUUCCCCUACGACGUCCCCGGCAGCGAUGAUGAUAUCUCCACGCUGCCCUCGCUGGAGGAAAACAUAGCCGAGCAAGCUAGAACCGCGAAGCACGUGAGAUUCUUCAUGAACACUUCCCACGACAAGCACUUCAUCCCCAUCGAAGUCGCCCCUCUCACUAGCAAUGAGAACUGGCAAUCCUGGUUGGCCGCCAUGCGUCUGCUUUUCCGUCAGCACUCGGUGUGGCCUGUUGUGACUGCCGAGCUUCAGCCACUGAAUCCUGGCCACAACCUGUACCUGUGGUACCAACGCAUGUGCGACUGUGCAAUCGGCCUUAUCUACACCAAUGUCUCUGAGGAGGUCCGGAGGUCCCCUUGUUUCAUGACCACCGCGCGUGAAGAUGAUCCUGAUGUUUUGAUGUCUCAUCUGUACGCUCACUAUUCCUCGCCUGAUUCGGAUCACGUUCAUGAGGAGGAUGAGCUUGACUAG